AUGUCCUCGUUCUUCAGCGCCGUCUUUGCCUGCUGCUUGCGCGCAAAGAGUCCCGACCGCGAGCCGGACGAGAGGACGCACCUCAUACCGGCUGCUCAGGAUGCCGAUGUCACACCCCCGCGCCCCCACGUCGCCGUCGUCGACCCGCAGAAGAUGAAAGAGCGGCUCGGGACGAUCGUGCGCUCCAAAGAGGGGAAAAUGGUCAACGUGCACGCGCAAGCGCCCUUCAACGUGCACAACCGCGCGCUGCCCACCGCGCAGUCGUCCACCUCGCGCUCCACCCGGUACCCCUCGCCGCAGCCGUCCGUGCAGACGAGCAUGUCCGCGGGGGAGGAGGAAGCAGCGCCCGCGCCGAGUGUGAGUGUGAAUGUGCGGCUCGCGGGGCCGGUGAGUCGCGGACGACCCGGGAGCAGGAGUCGGUUGGGGCGGUUUGGCGAGGAGCGGGGUGGGGGCGGCGGGCAGGUGGAUGAGGACGAGGGCGAGGGGAGGGAGGAGGGGGAUGGCGUGCAGGCUCCGACGCCGGAGCCUGAGCAGGAAGCUGGACAUGAACAAGAACGCGAGCAGCCCAAGCCCACCCGCUCCAUCCGGCGCGACUUCAAGAUCAAGACGACCAGUGCCCUGGCGCGCAGCUGGGGCGACUGA